AUGAGGCAGGCGGUGGGCGCCGGUGAGGAGGGGCUGUCGCGGAAGGUCGUCGUGGCGGCCGGGGAAGCGGACGGGGCGACGGCCGCGCGCCGUCGCCGCCGGCUCGAGCUCCGGCGGCACGGGCGGAAGGUGGCGUCGGGCGAGGACGAGCCGGCCAGGAUGGCCGCGGACGGGUCCGAGUCCGAGUCCUCCGCGGACGUGGGCCGCGGGAUCUGGCUGCCCGCGUGCCUGUCGCACGGCGCCGUGUCCGUGAUCGGCCGGCGCCGCGAGAUGGAGGACGCCGUGGCCGUCGAGCGCACCUUCCUGGCCUCCUCCUCGCCGGACGCGUGCGUGGGAGGCGACGAGGGCGGCCGCGGGGAGGAGGACUUCUUCGCGGUGUACGACGGCCACGGCGGGGCGCGGGUGGCGGAGGCGUGCAGGGAGCGGAUGCACGUGGUGCUGGCGGAGGAGGUGGGGCGGCUGCGGUGCCGCCCCGGCGCGCGCGGCUGGAAGGAGGCCCUGGAGGCCAGCUUCGCGAGGGUGGACGGCGAGGUGGUGGCGGGCGCGGGCGCCGACGCCGGCGACGAGGAGUCGCGCUCCCGCACCGUGGGGUCCACCGCGGUGGUGGCCGUGGUGGGGCGGCGCCGCAUCGUGGUGGCCAACUGCGGCGACUCGCGCGCCGUGCUGUCCCGCGGUGGCGUGGCCGUGCCGCUCUCCACUGACCACAAGCCAGAUCGACCGGACGAGCUGCAGAGAGUGGAAGCGGCCGGCGGCAGGGUGAUCAACUGGAACGGGUCCCGCGUCCUAGGGGUCCUAUCCACCUCCAGAUCCAUAGGGGACUACUACCUGAAGCCGUACGUGAGCGCGGAGCCGGAGGUGACGGCGGUGGAGAGGACGGGCAAGGACGAGUUCCUGCUGCUGGCCAGCGACGGGCUGUGGGACGUGGUGUCCAACGACGAGGCGUGCCGGGUGGCGCGGAGCUGCCUCACCGGCCGCGCCGCCGCCGCGUUCCCGGAGUCCGUGUCCGGGCGCAGCGCCGCCGACGCCGCCGCGCUGCUCGCCGAGCUCGCCAUCACCCGCGGCAGCAAGGACAACAUCAGCGUCGUCGUGGUCGAGCUGAAACGGCUCAAGAGCAGGGUAGGGCGCCGUGCCAUCGGAGGCGAGGUGCAGUUGUAG